AAACCGUAUUUUUGUUCAGUGUAGGAUAACAUAUAUCGAUAAUUGUGCACAUUUUCCAUAAUGUUCGUCCUAACUUUUAUUUACCAAGUAUACUGGACGGGACUCUUAUUCUGAAUGAUUCCAAAAAUCCGUGACCUGGAAAUACUUAAUUAUUCUUGCCUGCUUUACACACUGAACUACUUCACACCGUCUAAUUUUUUAGCACGUGUAUUUGCGUUAUUGUUAUUGAACCAGACCGGACGCGGAGGUAGGAGACAGCUGUCUUUCAAAUAAAUAACUACACAGUCCACCAGUGAGUCCCUAUUGUGUUAAAAUGUAUUGUAAAUGUAUUCAUCGUUUCGAGAGUUCAUGGCUGUCAGGUGUCCAUAAACAGUAACAAAUCAUGAACCGGCUGCCUGCAGACACCGUGAGGCUUCUGUCCAGCUGUCAGGUCAUCAACUCUGUGGUAAACGUGGUGAAGGAGCUGCUGGAGAAUUCCUUGGAUGCUGGUGCCUUGAGCAUCGACAUUAAACUGGAGAAUUAUGGUUUUGAUCGAAUAGAAAUCAGAGACAAUGGCUCUGGCAUCAAAGCUGCUGAUACUGCUGUGAUGGCUGUGCAACACUACACCUCUAAGAUCUGCAGCCACGACGACCUGGAGCACCUGGCAACAUAUGGCUUCAGAGGAGAGGCCCUGGGCUCCAUCUGCGCUGUGGCAGAGGUAGGUGUCACGACAAAGACGUCAGAGGACGACGUCGGGACCCAAUACACGCUUGACCUCACGGGAAGUGUUGUUUCCCAGAAGCCCUCUCACCUAGGGCAAGGUACCACAGUCUGUGCGCUGAAGCUUUUUAAGAAUCUCCCAGUGAGGAGGCAGUACUAUGCCAACACGAAGAAGUGCAAGGAGGAGUUGAAGAAGGUGCAGGACCUACUCAUGGCCUAUGCCAUUAUAAAACCAGAGCUGAGACUCACCCUCACUCACAAUAAGGUGGUGUUGUGGCAGAAGGCCAAGGUGUCCGAUCACAGGAUGGCUCUCAUGGCUACACUGGGGCCCAACGCUGUGGCCCACCUGCUCCCCGUCCACCAUCAACAACCAGAGAUCGUAAUUGAUGGAUUCUUUCCCAGACCUGGUAUGGAUUGCUCUUUAGCAAGCUCCAGUAACCCCGACAAAACAUUUAUCUUUGUGAAUGAUCGACCUGUCCACCAGAAGGAUAUCCUGAAGGUGGUUCGGCAGCACUUCCUGGCUCAGUACCCGGCAGACUCUGCCCUUAAUCGUUAUCCCACUGUGAUGCUCAAUAUCACUGUUCCCUCAUCCACUGUAGACGUUAACCUGACACCCGACAAGACCCAGAUUCUGCUCCAGAACAAGGUGGCUGUGCUGGCUGCAGUGGAGACGCUGUUGGUUUCCUUCUAUGGCCCUGGGUUGGGGUCUGCCACUGAGGCUACACCAGUCACUACAGAAUACGAUGGAGGCAGCGGCCUGCAUGCUGGCCCAUCACUGGGCGACUGUAGGGGAAAUGCUGAGUUAGAGGACAGUCUUGCGGAGCACAGUGUCAGAAUGGCCAAAGCUCCAUCUGACUGCAGUGAUGGCCCUCUAUCCAGGGUAGUGGCUGGUGACCAGACAGCAGACACUAGCUCCUCCUCUUCCUCUGAAGACUGGAUAGUUAACCUAAAUCCAGGGGACUUUGACCUGGCAUUUCCACAAUUGGAAGAUUACAUGGCUUCGACCGGCACCGGGACAACAAAUCCAGGCACGGCCAAAGGCCUGGAGAGGCUCGACAACCACGACCAAGGUCAUGACAAAGGCAAAGACGUUGAGCAGUUAUCAGCAGUGAGUUGGAGCCGAGGAACGGCUCUGACAGACCCCUCCACAGGCGAGCCGUUGCAGCCCGUCAAGAUCCACCUGGCCACCGGAUGGAGCAGUGACCUUGGCCAGGUCAAGGCCAAGGGUCAGAGCAGCCCUGGCAAAAAGGUGUCCAACGCUAUAACGGAGAAACGGGCGGCGCUGACGGCCUACGACUUGAUCAAUAACCGUGCCAUGAGGACACCCCUGUCCCCUGCCGCCCUGUUUGAGAGGGAGACCCGGGCAUCAGUUCUCCAGGAGAAGCCCACAGCCAGCCUCCAGGACAUCACCACUGCCGUGCAGGAGCGAUGGAAAAACCUGGGGGAGGAGGACCGAAAAAAGUAUGAGGAUAAGGCAAAGAAACACCUGGAACUCUAUGACCUCCAGACCAAGCUGGCCUCUGAUCGAGAUGUGAGAGAGCCCGAGAGGCGGCUCUGUCUGGUCUCCCCGCUGAGUCGGCCCCAGGGCCAGAAACGCAAGGUCCUGCCUUCUAACCAGCCGGUCCUAGACCAGCUCUUCUUUUCCCAGCCCCAGAAAAAGAGGAGCCCUGGGCCAAAGCCCUCACAGCCACUACCGCCGUUCAGUGUGGUUACCCUCAGGCAGCGGCUUCAUCGCCUCUCGUUCCAGAGCAACCCAAGACCUCAGGGCCUCCGGCUUGUAAACCGCUUGGCCUCUCAAAGCGCCUGGGUCGUUUUAUGUGGUAGAAAGCUCAUGUUGUUAAAUCCAUUUCGGGUGGAGGAGGCCUUGCUGUUUAAGAGACUUCUGGAGAAUAAUAUACUUCCAGCAGUGAGCCUGCAGAACCCGAUACAGUUAACAGAUAGUAUCCUAGGGGGUGCUGAGUAUACUCAGUCUCUCUGUACAAUGGAGAAGGGAAGUCCUGAGCUGAGAGGAAUGGCCAUCUUCUCUGAUCCCAGGCUUGUGGCCAACGGGUUUCAAAUCACACUCACUCCAGGGUCCUCGUCCACUGAGAGACAUCUGGAAGUGACAGCGAUGGCCGACUGCGUGCCUUUCCUCGGUAUGGAGGACCUCAGGGAGAUCCUUACAGCUGUUCUGCACAGGAAUGCUAAGACCGUACAGGAGUGCCGGCCGCUAAAAGUCACCAACUACCUUCAGGGAGAAGCUGUUCGACUGGCCCGUCAGCUGCCUGUGACCCUUGCCAAAGAGGAUGUAGAGAACAUACUUUUGCGGAUGCAACAGCAGCUAGAGGAGACCAGCCAAGCCUGCAUCCAUGGACAAGCCUUUUUCCACCACCUUUCUGACAUUCCUGACACCGAACAAGAGGCGCUGAAGAUCAUGUCCAAUAUUUUGUAGCUUUGUUAUCUUUUGUUACCUUUUCCAUGGAGGUAUAGAGCUAGUUAAAACAAACCCUGGAUAAAGUGCAUUCGGAAAGUAAUCAGACCCCUUGACUUUUUCCACAUUUUGUUAUGUUACAGUCUUACUCUAAAAGGGAUUAACUUGUUUUUUGUUCAUCAAUCUACACACUACACCAUAAUGACGAAGCAAAAACUGGUUUUUAGAAAUUUUUGCAAAUGUAUUAAAAAUGAAACACUGAAAUAGUACAUUUACGUAAGUAUUCAGACCCUUACUCAGUACUUUGUUGAUGCACCUUUGACAGCGAUUACAGCCUCGUAUUCUUGGGUAUGACGCUACAAGCUUGGCACACCUGAAUUUUGGGGGGGUUUCUCCCUUUUUUCUCUGGAGAUUCUCUCAAGCUCUGUCAGGUUGGAUGGGGAGCGUCGCAUCUCUCCAGAGAUGUUCGGGUUCUGGCUGGCUGGCAUUGAGAGACUUGUCCCGAAGUCACUCCUGCAUUGUCUUGGCUGUGUGCUUAAGGUCGUUGUCCUGUUGGAAGGUGAACCUUCGCCCCAGUCUGAGGUCCUGAGUGCUCUGGAGCAGGUUUUCAUCAAGCAUCUCUCUGUAAAUUUGCUUCGUUCAUCUUUCCCUCGAUCCUGACUAGUCUCCCAGUCCCUGCCUCUGAAAAACAUGGUGCCAGGUUUCCUCCAGACAUGACGCUUGGCAUUCAGGCCAAAAAGUUAAAUCUUGGUUUUAUCAGACCAGAGAAUAUUGUUCCUCAUGGUCUGAGAGUCCUUUUAGGUGCAUUUUGGCAAGCUCCAAGUGGGCUGUCGUACCUUUUACUGAGGAGUGUCUUCUGUCUGGCCACUCUACCACAAAGGCCUGAUUGGUGGAGUGUUGUAGAGAUGGUAGUCCUCCUGGAAGGUUCACCCAUCUCCACAGAGGAACUGUGGACCUCUGUCAGAGUGACCAUCCGGUUCAAGGUCACCUCCCUGACAGUCUCUUCUCUCCCGAUUUGCUCAGUUUGGCCGGGCGUCCAGCUCUAGGAAGAGUCUUGGUGGUUCCAAACUUCUUCCAUUUAAGAAUGAUGGAGGUCACUGUGUUCUUGGACUUUCAUUGCUGCAUACAUUUUUUUUUGGUACCAUUCCCCAGAUCUGUGCCUUGACACAACCCUGUGUCGGAGCUCUACGGACAAUUCCUUCCUCAUGACUUGGUUUUUGCACUGACAUGCACUGUCAACUGUGGGACCUUAUAUAGACUGGUGAUGUUACCACAGGUGAACUCCAAUCAAGUUGUAGAAACAUCUCAAGGAUGAUCAAUGGAAACAGGAUGCACCUGAGCUCAAUUUCGAGUUGUAUAGCAAAGGGUCUGAAUACUUAUGUAAAUAAGCUCUUUCUGUUUUUUAUUUUUAAUACAUUUGCAAAACUUUUGAAAAAUCUAUUUUCUCUUUGUCAUUAUUGGGUAUUGUGUGUAGAUUGCUGACAUGUAUUUUUAUUUAACCCAUAUUUGAAGAUCUGCUUAUAAUCUAGAUGUUUUUUUAUUUUUUUUAUGCAGGUCUUCAUAAUAAAUGGUUGUAUGUAUAUAUUUACUAAUGUUAAUGAAAGUCAAUAAAUGCAUGUUAUACAAUUA